UCUCUCUCUCUCUCUCUCUCUCUCUCCCCGACCACCGAGAAGAGUCAAGCUUUGGGAAGGUUUUUCCUUGUUGAAGCUUUUUGACCCCUUAAAUCGGCGACAUUUCCUUCGUUUUCGAUUCUUCUCGUUCAUUUUCUUUGUUGCUGAUUCGUUCAAGGGGUUCGAUUCCUUUCUCUCUUUUUUUUUUCUGGGUUUUUUUUUGUUUUACCGAGGAGGGACUUUUGAUGGGCGACGUGAAACCGGCGAUCGUGAUGGCAAGCCGAGACAGAGACCGUGAGCUUCUGAUUCCGGUUGCUAAUUCUGGCGAUGCUGACGAUGGCGCUGCGGCGAAGCCCUCGUCUUCUUCUUCAUCUUCGCAUCACUCCGGUCACGAGACCUUUUACAAGUUAAUUAGAAGCUGGGCGUCGAAGAAGUUCAUGACUGGAUGUGUUAUCCUGCUUCCGAUAGCAAUCACAUUCUAUGUGACUUGGUGGUUCAUUCAUUUCAUGGACGGAUUUUUCUCUCCGAUAUAUGCUCAAUUAGGAAUUGAUACUUUCGGACUUGGCUUUAUCACAUCCAUCACAUUCAUCUUCUUGGUCGGGGUGUUCAUGUCUUCAUGGCUGGGAGCAUCGGUUCUAAACCUAGGAGAGUGGUUUAUCAAGCGGAUGCCAUUUGUUCGCCACAUCUAUAAUGCCUCCAAGCAAAUCAGUACUGCCAUAUCGCCAGAUCAAAAUACUCAGGCCUUCAAGGAAGUCGCUAUUAUAAGGCAUCCACGUGUUGGUGAAUACGCCAUUGGAUUUAUCACAUCAACUGUUCUACUCCAGAAUUAUGCAGCGGAGGAGGAACUUUGCUGUGUAUACGUUCCCACGAACCACCUCUACAUCGGAGAUAUAUUCCUUGUCAAUACAAAGGAUGUCAUAAGACCAAAUCUCUCUGUCCGGGAAGGAAUAGAGAUCGUUGUGUCGGGAGGAAUGUCGAUGCCUCAGAUUCUGUCGACGCUUGAUGGGAGAGUAGUAGCACCCGAUAGAAGUAGAAGUAGAGUGGAAAGAAACUGAUAUAGUCAAAAGUCUCUUCAUGAACUUCAGAUUUCAUAUAAAAAGAUCAAAUCUUUUUUGCCUCAUUUUGAUUUCCAGUUUCGGUUUGAUUAUGAAUUUGAUGUUCCAAGUUUUAGAUGUCAGAAGAUGAUGGAAGUGUGUUUGUGAGAUCAGUCACUGUCUGUGUAAAACAUUGUUUGUUUCUACAUUGUAAUAUACAGCUUCUUAUUUUUCAUUCA